AAAACCUUCACUUUGCCUCACCCAAAACAGAGAGUAAGGACCAUCCAAUAUAAGAUCCGCGCAGUCUUCUCUCAUUUCUCAGAUAGAAAAUUAGGGUUAGGGUUAGGGUUUCGAGUCUUUCUAGGAAUGGAGGAGAUUACAGAGGCCGUUAACAACAUCAACAUCUCAGAUUUGCACAAGAAGAACCGCAUUCAGGUUUCUAAUACCAAGAAGCCCCUCUUCUUCUAUGUUAAUCUCGCAAAGAGGUAUAUGCAGCAACACAAUGAAGUGGAACUUUCAGCUCUUGGAAUGGCUAUUGCCACAGUAGUUACCAUUGCAGAAAUUCUGAAAAACAAUGGACUGGCUGUUGAAAAGAAAAUCACAACCUCUACGGUCGAUAUGAAAGAUGAAUCUAGGGGAAGACCUGUCCAAAAAGCCAAGAUUGAGAUAUUACUCGGAAAGACUGCAAACUUUGAUGAGCUGAUGGCAGCUGCAGCAGAAGAGAGGGAAGCUGGAGAUGUUGAGGAGCAGAGCUGAGGAGAGAGAUUUGCCUGGAAUAGGGCUUCUUAUCCUUAAUUUGCUGAUACUAGUUAAUGACUUUGUUUGUAGUCAGUUUCAUUUAUUGUGCCUCGGACUGAAUUUAUUAAGCUCAAGGUGAAUUCAAGGCAAGAUUUUCCUCUUAGUUGCCAACUAGAAACAUUCACAAUUUAUAGAUUCAGAUUGCUACUUUUGGCUCUAUUCAAUUGGUCUGUUGUGUUAUGAUAAAAGUAGUUGUGAUCUUGGUGGUGUCCAA